UCCGUGCACGACUGCCUGUUACUCUUAAGUCUAGAGUAAUAGGCAGUCGUGCACGGAGAAGGUAGUAGGUACCCCAGCCGGUGGUAUGUCGGGGGAUGCCGUGUGGCUGGAUGCCCCUCCUAACAGCGUGAUGUUGCUUCCGAGGCACACCGACCUCAUCUGCGGUAGUGCGUUGCUCGUCGACCCUCCGGUAAUAGCUUUGUUCCCAGAAGCGGGGAGCAUUAUUUAAGAUCAAGAUUUACAAUAUCUGAAAAAAGGGAAACUACAGACUCACCUCUGCAAGGAAAAGCGUGGUUUUUUUUUAUACCCCGCGGACUUGGAUUGCUGCAGGACGAUGGGACUUUUACUUUUCAAAGUGUUCCCUUAUGUUUUAUUAUUGUUCUCUAAAGAAAUGCAAUUUCAAACAGCUCUCCCCCCAGAGUGCUCCCCGGGGGGCCACGCCCUGCUCCGGAACCCGUACCGCAGCGUGGCCUUCCGCUCCGGGGGGCCGCAGCAGCCCCCCCUGCAGGAGUUGGUGUGCGACCACGCCCUGGAGCCCGGCUGGUACCAGCUCCUCAUCUUCGACAAGCCGGCCAGCAUGCCCACCCGGUGUGUGGAGGUGUACCACUGUGGUACCCAGGCCCCCGUGUGGCUGUCCCUGGGACCGGGCGAGGCCCUCCCGGGCCCCCUGGGGCUGGCCCAGCUGACGGCCUGCGCCACCUGGCCCCCCGGGCCCAGCGGGGGGGCCCCCAGUCCCGGGGGGGCCCCCGACUGCUGCCUGUACCGCCUGCCCGUCGCCGUGCGCAACUGCGGCUCGUUCUACGUCUACCUGCUGCAGCCCACUCAGGGCUGCAUGGGCUACUGCGCCCAGGCCAGGCCACCCCCCCCGCCGCCCGGCGUGCCGGCGGUCUGGGCGGAGCUCUCCGGGAACGCCGUCUUCCUGCGCUGCAGCUUCCAGGACCGGAGCGCCAACGGCUCGGUGGGCUUCACGGUGUCCUGGCACCGGCGGUCCCCGCGGGACGGCCAGCCCCGGGAGGAGCUGAGGACGGAGACCAGCCUGCAUGCCUCCUCCUCCAUCGAGCUGGACGGCCUCAACCUCCGCCUGGGGGACACGAUCUACUGCUCCAGCUCCAGUUUCUUCCUUGAUUCCCCUGAUGUCCUGGGACCAGCAGUGGAAAGUCAGGAGUUUUUUGCAGGGAUCAGGCUGAGGCCGACGGCGUCCAGCGUUCCGGAGGACGGGAGGGACUACGGUCUGUCUGUGGAGAGCACCGUCCCCCUGCCCUGUGCCCCCCAGCCCGGACCCUGUGGCCUGGUCCUGCAGCUCAGCGCGCAAACACAAGAGGCCAACGAGGUGUUGGGGCCCGACCUGGUGCUGUCCUCCUGUCUGGUGGAGCUGGGGGCCCAGGGGGGCCCUUGUAGGUCCGGGGUCUGCAGCCGUGCCCAGGUCACCUUCACCCCCAUCACGGACUUUGUCAGAGACGCCGGCCGCAGCACCCAGAUAUCCGUCCGGCCAAUUGACAGCAAGCACAGCUUCCUCUGGAACGGAUACACACCCGAGCCUGUUCAGAUCACGGUGGAGGACGAGCCCUCAGCCUACUGCUACGUGGCCACCGACCCCCACGUCAUCACAUUUGAUGGCAGCCUCUACGACAACGACCAGAUCGGGACCUUCCUCCUCUACCGGAGCCUCCGGCGCCCCCUGGAGGUGCACGUGCGUCAGUGGGAGUGCGGCAGCGUGGUGCUGGCGGCGUCCUGCGUGUGCGGCGUCGUGGCGCGCGACGGCGGCGACGUCAUCGCGCUGGACAUGUGCGACGGCGAGAUGGGCGAGACCAAGCCGCGCCUGACGGUGAAGGACAGGCACCUGGGGAAGAGCGGCGUGCGCAUCACGCAGUCCUACCAGGGCCGCAAAGUCACGAUUACGUUCUCGUCGGGAGCGUUUGUGCGAGCGGACGUGUCCGACUGGGGGAUGAGUCUGACCGUGAGGGCGCCCGGUUCCGACCGGAACCACACGGCCGGACUGUGUGGUUCCUUCGACGGUCGCCCCGACAACGACCUCCACUCAGCGGGCGGAGACGUCACGCGGAACCUACACGCGUUCAUCUCUGAGUGGAGACUCCCCCCAGGCACCAGCCUGUUCGACACAGUGCCGUCCAAUCAGGACGCUCCGAAACCGACCGAGUACUGCCGCUGUCAGCCAGAGCCCCGCCUCUCCCCCCCGUUCAGAACCCACUCCCGACCGACCGGCUCCUCUGAUUGCUCUCGCCACGGCAACGUGGAGCUCUCCAGUGUCAUCCCCGCGCUGGACGUCACGGCGGAGUACAUCCACUCCGUGGAGCUCCGCGUCGACGCGGAGGAGAACCGGCGAGGCACCCUGCCAGCAGGGGGUCUCCCCGCGCGGAACCAGGGGUCCGACCCCCUGGUGACCCCCCGUGACGGAGCCUCUACCCGACCCCGUUACCCCGGCAACCGGGGCCGGCGUCAGUCUCAACGGUCCCUCUCCGACCCGCCCCGCCAGGCUGACCUCGGAGGCCUCGCCUAUUUUUUCCCCGAGGACCACGAGCCGGCGCCGCCCCCGGACGCCUCCGGCCCACCCCCGACCCCGGCCUGGCCCGCCCCCUCAGGGCUCACCGAGCGCCAGGCCCGGGCCAGCUGCCAGCGGGGGGUGGCCGGCUCCAGCCUGGCGCUGGGCUGCGGGGCCCUGCUCGGCGAGGCCUUCGUGGGCCGCGCCGUGGCCAUGUGCGUCAGCGACCUGCAGCUGAAGGACGACGCGGGGUGGCUGAACGCCACGCUGCCCCUGCUGGAGAACGAGUGCGAGCGCAGGCUGGUGGAGGAGCGGAGGAGCGAGGGGGAGCACCAGGAGGUGGUGGAGCUCCUGCGGUGCCCCGGGCGGUGCGGCGGGAACGGCCAGUGCUCCGACUGGGGCUGCCUCUGCUUCCCGGGGUUCGGCUCUUAUGACUGCAGCUCUGUGUCUGACCAGAUCCCUGAGAUCGUGGAGCUGGAGGCGCAGGGUCUGUGUGACGUCCGGCGGGGGGGGUGCUCCCUGGUGCAGGUCGGCGGCGCGGGCUUCAAACGCUCCCAGCAGCUCAAGUGUGAGUUCGUCAAAGAAAAGUUUGAGGAGGGCGGGUGGGUGCUGGACGACCCGCGGUAUGUGCAGGCCAGCUUCCUGGACGCCACCGCUCUGGAGUGCCGGCUCCCCCUGGAGGACAGCCAGGUCACUGCGGGCUCCGACCCAAAGAUGAGCCCAGACAGACCCCUGGCUCGCUGGCAGGUCAAGGUGUCCAACGACGGCCACAGCUACAGCAACGCCAAGGUGCUGACGGUGUACGACGGAGGCUGUCAGAGCUGCAGCUCCACCGUCGAGGGGCGCUGUGUUCUGAAGGAGAAGACGUGCCACAUUGAGGGCCGGUGUUACAGUGAAGGAGACCUCCAUCCCAGCAGCCCCUGUCUGACGUGUCAGCCAGACUCCUCCGCACACACCUGGUCCACUGCAGGAGACAACCAGCCUCCGGUGGUCCAGCCCGUGCCCUCCGGGCUCCAGUCCUUCCAGGGGGAGCGCUUCCUGUACCAGCUCCGGGCCAGAGACCCAGAGGGUUCCUCUGUGGUCUUCACCCUGGCCUCGGGCCCAGGGGAGGCCGCCCUCUCCCCCUCCGGUCUGCUGUCCUGGGCGGCCGACACCGGAGCGGACGGCGCGGAGGGGCGGAGCUUCAAAGUGUCCGUGGCGGACGAGUGUGGUGCUGAGACGCAGGUGUCGGUCCAGGUGUUUGUGACCCCCUGCGACUGCGGGAACGGUGGCUCCUGUGUGUCCAGGAUGGAGGCCGUGGCGGGCAGCGGGGCGUACAUCUGCGAGUGUCCGGACGGCUUCGCGGGGGGCCGCUGUGAGGUGGACGUGGACGACUGUAAGCCCAACCCCUGCCGGCUGGGCUGGUGCAUCGACGGACCCAACGCCUUCUCCUGCGUCUGCCCGCCGGGGAUGACCGGUAACACCUGCAGGGAGGACGUGGACGAGUGUGUGUCCACUCCGUGCUUCCCGGGGGUGAGCUGCCAGAACACGCCCGGGUCCUUCGGCUGCGGGGCGUGUCCUCACGGUUACCGCGGCGACGGGAGAAGCUGCGCACGUGACCCAGAGGCGGACUCGGCCGGUACGGACCGGGCGAGAGCCCCCCAAGGCUGGGGCCGCACCGGGCCGCCCCCCCCCUGCCUGAGCAGGCCCUGCCACCCCGGGGUGCGGUGUUUCGAGACCGUCCACAGCGCAAACGGCUUCGCCUGCGGGCCCUGCCCCGCUGGGCUCCAUGGCGACGGCUUCACCUGCAGCAGGAGCGGCUCCGCAGUGCAGGGCAGCACCGCUGGAAGAGGUCCCUCCGUCCACAGGAAGACAGCGGUCUCCCCUAGCAACCCCCACACAUCCAGGGACGCUGUCUCCUCAACCAACGGUCCUAAGAAUCAGCCCGCCGUGUGCGCGCGUCAGUGUGGAGCCAACAUGGAGUGUUCCGCCCCAAACACCUGCACCUGUAAGGAAGGAUACACCGGCUACAACUGUCGUAUCGCGGUCUGUCGUCCCGACUGUAAGAACCAGGGGAGGUGUGUGAGGCCCAACGUGUGCCUGUGUCCUGGGGGCCACAGCGGCCCCGCCUGUGAACACGCCGUCUGUGAGCCGGGCUGCCAGCACGGAGGCACCUGUCUGUCCACGAACCGCUGCACCUGCCCGUACGGAUACCUGGGACCCCGCUGUGAAACGAUGGUGUGUAACAGGCACUGUGAAAACGGCGGCAGGUGCAUCUCUCCGGACGUCUGCCAGUGCAGAGCGGGCUGGUCCGGACCCACCUGUAACUCAGCGUCGUGUGACCCGGUGUGUCUGAACGGGGGCGCGUGCCUUAAACCCGGGGUCUGUGCUUGCCCCAGGGGGUUCUACGGGUCUCAGUGUCAGAUCGCUGUGUGCAGCCCCCCAUGUAAGAACGGAGGCCAGUGCAUGAGGAACGGCGUGUGUUCCUGUCCCGACGGCUACACCGGGAAGAGGUGUCAGAGGAGCGUGUGUGAGCCCGGGUGUAUGAACAAGGGGAAGUGUGUGGGAGCCAACACGUGUUCCUGUCCGUCGGGCUGGAGGGGCGAGCGCUGUCACAUGCCCCUGUGUCUGCAGAAGUGCAGGAACGGAGGGGAGUGUGUUGGACCCAACACCUGCCAGUGCCCCGAUGGCUGGGAGGGCCCCCAGUGUCAGACCGCCAUCUGUAAGGUGCGUUGUCUCAACGGGGGGCGCUGUGUGCUCCCGGACUUCUGCCAUUGUCGGAGAGGAUACAAGGGGGUCAGCUGCGGGGUCAAGGCACCGUAUGCAUAACGCCAGCGAAUCGGCACAAGAAUGCACAAAGAAAGAGGCGCAGAAGGGAUCGUUUGGCGUGUGUGUUUGGUUUGUGAGUGUGUGUGUGUGUGUGUGUGUGUGUGUGUGUGUGUGUGUGUGUGUGUGUGUGUGUGUGUGUGUGUGUGUGUGUGUGUGUGUGUGUGUGUGUGUGUGUGUGUGUGUGUGCUUGCAUGUGGUUCUGCGAGUGUAUGUGACAGUGGUUGUGCCUUUAUGUGUCUGGCUGUGUGCACAGCUCAAAACAAAGGGACUUGAUGUAUUGCACUUGUCUUGUCCCCUGUUGGUCUGUUCUACCUCAUCGCCCCUGGUUACCCUUGUUUACCCUUCGAGCAUGGAAGGCGUCCCACCACAGCGGAGUGCAGAGUCGGCGGACUCACACGCGUCGUUAUCUUGAGUGUGAGAAAACAAAAUAAGGACUCGUUUUACUUGAGGAAUUGAGAGUGAUUUUUACGCUGGGUUUUUCUUCGUUUUGUGGUUCAACAUGUGUUUUCCUUGAGUUUAGCCUCAGUGAACUCUCCAUAAAUCAGUUGUCCGACGGCUGGGGCUUGAUGAGAAGCCCAGCUUGAGGUCUGCUGCCCUGCUUAGCGCCGGCAGGAUGUACAUCAGCGUUUUCAGAGGGGCCUGCUCCUCUAACACAAACUGUUACCAGAGUGAACUGAGGUCCUGGAGUCUUUACCAUCGAGGACUACAGUGACCAGAGUGGUUCACUGAGGUCCUGGAGUCUUUACCAGGGUAGGACUACAGUGACCAGAGUGGUUCACUGAGGUCCUGGAGUCUUUACCAGGGUAGGACUACAGUGACCAUAGUGGUUCACUGAGUUACUGGAGCCUUUACCAGGGUAGGGUUAGAGGAAACUCAAAUGAUGAUCAUGUUGUUUUGUGUGUUGAUAUGUUAAAGUACGAUAUCUAUAUUAUGUUAGAGGUUUUGCUAUGAACCAAUGAAAUGACGCAGACAUGAUGAUAAUGUCCCAUAACGAAUAAAAUAAAAUAAAGAAACGUUA